AAGAUCACGAAAAAAGAUUGCUUGUGUGCAUGAAGUGAAUUUGAAAACACCAAACCCUGAAGAAGAAGAAGAAGACGACGAAGACGAAGAAGCGCAAAUAUAAUUAUACUAUAAUAUAUAGAAAAGAUCAGAGGGAGGAGCAAUAUUCCAUCGCAGUGAGAAGAAAACCGCACGGUCGAUUCGAGCAACGGCUGCCAACAUUCGAAGCGCUAGUUCCCGUAUUGAAACGAUCCUGUCCUGUCAUCCUGCAAUCCAGCCUGUGCAGCGGGCGAUUGAACACUAGUGGGUGGCAUCCGAUGGCAGAUCUUUAUCGUUGUCUUACGGUCAGCUCAGUUGUGUAUUUCUACGGCAGCGAUAGAAAAUUGUAAUUGAAAUGUUGCUUGUUUUUCUGUGAAUUUUCUAUGCUAAUUAUCUGUACAGUGAAUUAGUACUUGGGGUAGAAGAAGAGAAAUGUUUUAUCGUCGUUUAUUUCCGAAACGCUUGAGUUUCCGGUUUCGAUGGACAUCUUAACUGCCGGUGAUGACAAUGGACGACGAACUUUUCCAAGUGCAGUGAAGUGAAUCCAGGAAAACCUAAGUAUUUUGCUCUUCUACGUGCGUUGCUGACGUGAAAGACAUUCGCAACGUUUUUUUCUCCAGCAAUAAAGUUGCAAGAGAAGAAAGAAACGUUGAUUUACCAAAGUUAAAGUACACCGUAUGCUUAACAAUGAGAAAAAGUUUUCCCCGAGCUCUAGUUUGUGUUUGAGUUCAAAAAUCUCAAUGCUAGUCGAAGUGAGAAAACUCACUCGGAAGCAAGUACGGCUAAAAUUAUGCAAAUGAGUUAAUUCUUCGUGUUUCUACUAAUUGUGAGACGUCCAAAAAGUUAAACCAGAAGCGUGUGUACGGUAAAUUUCCAGCAUUAAAAUAAUUGAAGAAGACACCGUGAAAAAAAUCCGCACUCGCGACAAACUGAAAGAGACCAGACAGCUGGCUGCUAAAAGCGGAAAACGCUCAGUGGAAAACGAAAGCAUUUCGUGUGCGGGGGCAGUAGCUGUAGCUGUUGCUUUCGGAAUAGUUUUCACCAAACACGUCACGUCAGUUAAUUACUUUUCUUGACUUAUCCGCCUCCAUCGACCGAAAGCGGUAGCUCACCGGAAAAACUCUGAAGCAGUGGCAGUGCAGUGGCGCGAUAUCGGCUAAAUUGGAGAAUAGCUUCGUCGUCCCCAAUUCAGAGAGGCAGCCAGAAAAAAAGAAUAUGCACACACCCAGCAACUAGGACCAACUAGCGGCACUGAGUCUCGAGGAUUCGAGGAACUAAGAUGCAGUUCCCGUGCUGUGAUCCUCCGUGUCAGCAACGUCAGCAAGUCCGAACGCUGGUGGCCGGAACAAUAACAGCACCGAACAGCAGCAGCAGCAACAGCAUCAACCAAGUCCGUUGCAGUUGGCCAUGGUUAAUCAUCCACCCGGGUCUAGUGUGUCCGGAUUUCCCCUGCCAGCUUGAUGGCAACGAAAUUGAGUGCACUGCUAGACGGCGGAUGUCCUACCAUCAGCACCAGUAGCAGGCGUUGAAAGCGAAUUGUACAAAGAAGAUAGAUGACGUUUUGCCGUUGUUGUUGUCAUCCUUGAAUGCUGGGUGCAUUCCAACUAGAGAUUCUCCAUAAGUGAUUAUAAUUUAUUGCCCGUACGCCGAGUUGGCAUUGUGCGAAAAACUAAAGCAUAGAAUAAGACAUACAGCAAGCUCAAAGAAAGUAGCUUGAGGAUUAAAUCGAAAACUAUUGUUACUUGAUGAGGCUGUUAGUGUGGUCUCUGCCAUGCGGUUGCGACCAUUAGGUUAGGUUGAAACGAAAAUGAACUCAACACAGAGUGAUUACAAUUAUAGCAUUGUCAUCGAUGAACAAUACAUCUUGCAUGGAUCGGCCAAUGCAAACUUCCCGAAUCUGUCGCACAACGGCACUGACUACCAUGACGGGUCGACCUGCUACUAUGCGCUGGAAUGGUUCACGGAGACUGCGGUGUUCGAGUUCUGGAUCAGCGGAGUCGUGAUGAACAUAGUCGCCUUUUUGGGAAUUCUCGGCAACAUUCUAUCGAUGGUGAUUCUGUCGAGGCCACAGAUGCGGUCGAGUAUCAAUUACCUGCUGAUAGGCUUAGCCCGUUGUGAUACAGUGGUGAUCCUAACGUCGAUGCUAUUGUUUGGCAUACCAGCGAUCUAUCCAUACACAGGAUAUCUGUUCUACUACUACUAUGUGAUACAUCCGGUGAUAUCUCCGGUAGUCUAUCCGAUAGCCAUGACAGCUCAAACCGCAAGCGUCUAUUUAACUCUAACGGUAACCCUUGAGCGAUACGUUGCAGUGUGUCAUCCGCUCCGGGCGCGAGCUCUCUGUACCUACGGACGAGCGCGGAUAUAUGUGAUAGCAAUUAUCCUGUUUUCACUAUUAUAUAAUAUGCCCCGUUUCUGGGAGGUUUCUGUAUCGUCCUUUAAUCAUCCGGAAUUUGAUGGAGCAUACUGUGUGAGUGCGUCUGCACUACGGACACACGACCUGUACAUAAAAGUUUACGUCCACUGGAUGUAUACAGUGUUCAUCUAUCUGCUACCGUUCAGUUCGAUAUCAUUCUUCAACUCGAUGAUCUACCGACAGGUUCGCAAAGCGAACCGUGAACGACAACGACUGUCUCGGUCCGAAAAGCGUGAAAUUGGCCUAGCCACAAUGCUGAUCUGUGUAGUUAUAGUAUUUCUACUCUGCAACCUUCCGGCCAUGAUCAUCAACAUUAUGGAAGCCGUCUAUUCGGAUAUUAACGAUUAUCUAGUCAAAACGUCCAACCUGCUGGUCACCAUCAACUCGUCGGUCAAUUUCAUCAUCUACGUGAUUUUCGGCGAGAAGUUCAAGCGGAUUUUUCUUUUGUUAUUUUGUAAGUCGCGUCUAGGCCGUGAAUCGCCGGAUGGUUUCCUGCACGAAGACAGCUCAUUUUCGAACGGCGAAAACAGCAACCGGAAUUCCGGUCGAUUCCAGCGAGUCGGUACGACCCGCACCAGUACAACCAAGAUCAGCAACAGUGCGUUCGGUAGCAUACGAACCACGCGGACUACGAUCCGCAGCACGAGGGCUCCCUCGCCGGGACCGAUCGUGUACUAUCCGGCACGGGAUACGCUGCCACGGGCGCAACCGCCAUCGUCGUUACCGCGCAGUUCGUCUAUGUUUCAUCCGUGCUGGGACCGGGAGCACGGCAAUGGCAUCAUGAUGGCCACGUCCGGUUUCUAACCGCUGCUGGUGAUGCUCAAAAUAUCCUCGAAUACGGAGGGUGAUCACAAGUUUUAGCUGGCAGGGGGCUACAGUAUAGGGUAAUUUGCAUUAGAUUACAUUUACUAGCUUUAAUCAUUGCCGAUACCUGAGAGGGGUGAGCGAGUUUUAACAACCAAGCAAUUACGAAAGGUACCACCGGUUGCUAAAAGUGUGUUCUGAACGGAGCAUAUUUUACGACCCUGUUUGCAGAUAAAUUUUCAAAUUAUGGUCGACUAGGUAACUGAACCAAAUUUUAUACACAUUUUAUAUACUAAACAAAUACACUGUUAAGAGAAAUAAGUUAUAUAAAACGCAUUCAGCGCAUACAGUUUUACCCCUGGUAUUAGUAUUCUUUUAUCUGUCAGCCCAUGGACAUGAUUGCUGAACUGCUGACAGUGUUUGUCUUUCUCAGUUUUCUACCCUUCAAAACAAUUCAUUUAUGAAUUUCAGUGCUGAAAGAUUACCCGAAUAACCUAGUCAUUUUAUUGCUCUAGAUUGAUAAUUGAGAUCUCAAAGUUUGAGACAGUUUAAAAUGUAUGCUUUUUAAAAUCAGCCAAAACCUGACUGAAGGAAAUUAAUUAAAACUUCAGACCAAUUUUUACGUUUACUGUAAUUUCCUUUGCCUAUGUCGGUAGUUCUGAAUGAAGUAAUGAUUUACAUUUGAAUUCAUUCGCAAUUAUCGAGAAUGAAUGAAUAUAGAAGAUAGCAACACGAACAUUAACGCAAAUGAUUCGCUCAAAUUGUUGCUUUCAAGUUGGCAAUACUAAGUCCAGUUCAUUUGUACCAGAAACAGCAAAGAAUUCAGGCGUAUUGAAUUAAUUGAAUAUGAGAUUUCUAAGCACUGGUAAAAAAUUUCACAAAUUAACCCAAUUUUAAUAUUUAAACAUUUUCGCAUUUUUCCUGCCCUACCCUGUCAGUAAACGAUACAGCGCAGUGAAUCGUUCGAAUGGAGCGUUUUACAUCCUAAAGUAAAACGAAACAAAUCAAAAUAAUUGCAGGAUUUCUAGAUUGCAGUCAAUAAACCGUUCGCUUUACAGUGCAAACUUAGCGCGAGUACGGCAACGGACAUUUCAACCGGAUUCGAAGCAAUACCUAUCGAUGUUACAAUGCGAUAACGAGUUUAUCCACCGACAAGCAUAAACCCAAUAAAAUUGAACCACUUUUCGCAGGUUCGCAGUUCUUCCGGAAGGUACACGAUCCAUGGAAAUUAUACCAAUCAUUCAUGCUGGCCAUUUCGGUUCGUAUAGUUAUUUUCUGUCCUCCGAAGAGCUGCAGUUUUUAGUAAAAACUUUUUACAUAACGAGAAGUGAUUGUUGUUUUCCAAUUUCAUUUAUUCGGAGGGAAAGUCGUUUUAUGUCAUUUUCCCACAGAAUUUAUUCAAUUUCAUUUAUUCGGAGGGAAAGUCAUUUUAUGUCAUUUUCCCACAGAAAUGUACGUUAAAAUAUUCACGUGUUACGAUAUGAAUGUCAACUGUGGAUAUAGAUAAAAAGUUAUUAGGAGGAUUCCUGGUCAGAAAUGGUAUCAAAAUUGUAUUCUUAGCGGCAAAAACCUGGCAGUUUAUUAUACAAAUAUCCAACUUUUACUCAUUACCCAUUUUCCAUCGUCACACAAUGUCGGGGGAUAUUGGCCUAAUGUCUGGCUUAAGAAUGCAUAAUGUUUCGUUCCGUUAAAAAUUCAGCGACGUUCAUACUAACGGACAGUCAAUUUGAAUCGGCUUUUGUAUGGUUUAAUUUGUUAAUUGAAAAGUAAUUUUAAUUUCGCUUCGCCUUUUUAACCUUCUCGUAAUUAAUAGCAACACACGGUGGUACCUUGAAUGUAAUUCAGGAAUAAAAGAACGAAAAAGCACCGAGCUUACAGUUUCCAUUUCCAAGCUUUUAGCUAUAAAUCCGGAUGAACGAAUGGGACCGGCUGUAGUAGAGUGUGUUGGGGUAAAUCGGUGCUGAGAACCGUUGAUUUUUUUUUUGUUAAAUCUGUUAAUUUACAGGGUUGCUAGUGGAGCGCAAAGUCACUUUCAUAGACGUUUAUCUACCUCAUUUCAGUUCGACAGUUAGUUCUUAGUUAGCUCCACACUGACAGUUAGGUUAAAUUUUCCUAGCUUCAUAACUGUAAAAACACCCACAUAAAUCAAUACGCUUACUUAGUUCCACAUCAAGAAAACAAUUAAGUCAUUGUUGGAGUAGCUCAAAACACUUGUAGACGCAUAUUUAAUGUUAUUUGUUAAGAGGAUAACAAAACUUGUUGGAAUUCGUUAAGUUGUUGGUUUGUAUUAGAUUAGCUAUCCAGACAGGAUGAUUUGUUUCUCAUUUUUACCACCAGCGAAUGACAAAACGAGAAUGAUUCCAGAUGAGUGUGUUGAAGGUUUUUACAAUCGGAUAGCACAAGUUAAAAUCGUGUUUAAAAUCAAAAGUGUAAAUUUCUACUGUUUAUC